UCCUCUCACCAAUAUCCUGCCAUGCAGUCCGCAUCCUCGCAGCCUCAGCAGCAGGCCACAAACGGGCAACCGCCGGCCGGGAAGCCCGCUGAUUAUGUCUAUUUCGACAGAACUACUGCUGGUUUUUCGGACGACGCGUUGCAGCGGGCCAAGGCUGCCCAGCUCAAAUUGCAGCAUUAUUACAAGGUCGCCGUCGAUUCUGCAAUAGAGAGGAACACCAGACGCGUCGAAUUGGAGCGCAAGCUAGCUGCCGAUAACAUGAUGCCGGACGACCGGAAGCAGAGGCAGCUGCUCCAGCUCGGGAAGAAGGAGUCUGCGUUCCUGCGUUUGCGGAGGACUAAACUUGGCUUGGAAGACUUCCGGACGGUCAAGGUUAUCGGAAAGGGUGCUUUCGGCGAGGUACGGCUCGUGCAGAAGACUGAUACGGGGAAGAUCUAUGCUAUGAAGACUCUGAAGAAGGAGGAGAUGUUGAAGAAGGACCAGCUUGCCCACGUUCGCGCCGAACGUGAUGUGCUGGCAGAAUCUAAUUCGCCUUGGGUGGUACAGCUGUACUACUCCUUCCAGGAUCCCCAGUACCUGUACCUCAUCAUGGAGUUCUUGCCGGGAGGCGACUUGAUGACGAUGUUGAUUAAAUACGAUACGUUCUCGGAGGACGUGACCCGGUUCUACAUUGCCGAAUGUGUGCUUGCUAUUGAGGCCGUGCAUAAGCUUGGGUUCAUCCAUCGUGAUAUCAAGCCGGAUAAUAUCCUGAUCGACAAAGACGGACAUAUCAAACUCUCUGACUUCGGUCUCUCGACUGGGUUCCACAAGCAGCAUGAUGCAAGCUAUUACCAACGCCUGCUUGACUCUGCCAACGGCGUUCAGUCACCCACGUCGCAAGCGCAAACGGGCAGGAAUAGCGUCAUGGUGGACCCUAUUCAUCUGACCAUGACGAGCAAAGACCAGAUCGCCACAUGGAAGGCCAAUCGGCGGAAGCUAGCGUACUCAACUGUGGGUACUCCGGAUUACAUCGCCCCGGAGAUCUUCCGUCAGGAGGGUUACGGCAACGAGUGCGAUUGGUGGUCGCUCGGCGCAAUCAUGUUCGAGUGCCUGGUCGGCUACCCGCCGUUCUGCUCCGAGUCCACGCACGAGACGUACCAAAAGAUCAUGCAGUGGCAGUACCACCUCGUCUUCCCAGACGACAUCCAUCUCAGCCGCGAGGCCGAGGAUUUGAUUCGACGGCUGAUUACGUCCGCUGACCGGCGCCUGAAAGUGGAUCGGAUCAAGGCUCAUCCGUUCUUUUACGGCGUGGACUGGGAGACGAUUCGGCACAUCGACGCGCCUUUCGUUCCUCACUUGCGGUCUAUUACGGACACGUCGUACUUCCCCACGGACGAGCUGGAGCAAGUCCCCGAAGAGCCGCGGUUCACCCUCAACUCAAACGCAUUCUAG